AUGGCCACCCACCGAUUCGACCCCGACUUCACCGACAAUGUCGUCAACGCCAUGGGCCCCAAGACCAACCCCCGGUUCCGCCAGCUUAUGACCAGCCUAAUCCGCCAUGUCCAUGACUUCGCGCGCGAGAACGAGGUCACGGUCGACGAAUGGAUGGCCGGUGUCCAGUUGAUGAACUGGGCCGGUCAAAUGAGCAACGACAAGCGGAACGAGGGACAGCUAGUCUGUGACGUGAUCGGUUUGGAA